AAACAAGCGCGUCGCAGUGUAUCACGCUCCGUUCUCUUUCCCCAAAAUCCCAAUUCCAUCGAUUUGGCAUCUCUUCGCUCUCUACCUUCAGUCUCAGAGCAGCUUCCGAUCACUUCCCUCUCUCCCUUCGAAACAAUCAGUUUAUAAACCCAUUUAGCUCCUUCAUGUCGCUUCCAAAUGAAGAAAAUGAUAUGUCCUCUUCUCCCGAUGCUCAGCUUUCGUCUCAUGUUUUUGGGGACCUCCUCGAUUCAAUUAUUGUUGAUGUUGCAUCUGAGUGUCAUCGAAUAGCAAAGUUGGGUCUUGAUCGUAAUUUUGAAGAAGAGGAAGAAGAACUAAGGCUUUCGGCCCAAGCACGGGUGAGGGUAGCUGAUCCUAGUAAUAGUGGUGAAGCAAAUGGUAAGUACGUGGUUGACAUAUUUGGGCAGAAUCAUCCUUCUGUAGCCAGUGAAGUGUUUGAGUGCAUGAAUUGUGGUCGGUCUAUCGUGGCUGGGAGGUUUGCUCCUCAUCUGGAGAAGUGUAUGGGAAAGGGUAGAAAGGCUCGCCUCAAGGUGACAAGAAGUAGCACGGCUGCACAGACUCGGAAUUCACGGGGAAACCCUGCAUCUACAUACUCCGCAUAUUCAAAUUCCAACAGCACAAACCGGUUAUCAAAUGGAGCAUCCGCUGUUGCUGGUGAGGAGUACUCGAAUGGCGCAUUGGAAGAGCCAUGAAACAGUUUAAGCACUGGUGAGCUCCCCAAGUUACUUGGAUGCAAUGGAUCUUGCAUACUUGCUUAGGUCGUGAUGUUAGUGGAAAGUGAAGCCAAAUUUUGAAUAGCAGUCUGUUGGUUAGUCCACUGUGACAUAAUAUAACUGCAGAAAUUAUGUGAUGACAUCCAUUUUUCAGUACGAAGAAGAGCGCCUUGUAUAUAACAUUCUUGAUCAUAUCUUGAAUGAUAAUUCUGAAUCUGAUAAAAGUUGAUUUUGUUUCCAAA